AUGUUGACAUUGACUAAAAUGGCAAAACAUGAUCUUGGACGUCUUGCUGUGAUAGUGGUGUCUGUUGUUGGCUAUGCAAUAAGCUUGGUGUUCAAUGCACUGUCUGUAGUUGGGAUUGGUCCUUACUCUACUACCACAGCCAAUAUAUCUGCUGUGUUCGACACAGAGGUCACUCCUUCAGGAUGGACCUUUAAUAUUUGGAGCGUCAUCUACGUCUGGCUCACUUCAAUGAUUAUCUACAUCGUUACAGGCCUCUGCAGAAGGAAUGGUUAUGGAUAUGUUUACUGCAGCCCCGCAGUGUUGCCUUAUGGAUUCUUCAUUAGUUGGUGUUUCAAUCUGUGUUUCAAUAUUGCCUGGCUGCUUGUUUGGGACAGAGGGAUAAUGAUUGCUGCAUUGAUUUUUCUCAUCCUGGUCAUCUGCACAAACUACUUGAUGAUAAGCUUCAUCUGCCAUGGACUUCAUAUUUAUGGGCCUUGGCUCAAGAAAUACCACAAAGCAGACCUGUGGUUCCUCCGUGUGUUGGUUCAGAAUGGCGUGAUGAUAUACACAACAUGGACAACCAUUGCCACUCUAAUCAACCUGGCCAUUGUGCUGACUUACGAGGUGAAGAUAUCCCCAACAGAUGCUGCCACCAUCUCAUACUCUAUUUUGUCUGUUGUGUUAGUUUCGUGGUUCGUUCUGGAAAACUUUUUCCUUGACAAACACGUGCGGUACAUCCUCAUCGUCUACCCCGUGGUGAUCUGGGCUCUGUCUGGAAACCUGUACAAAAACUAUGAUGCAACUUCACCCAACCGCAACGGCAUCUUCAUUGCUGUACUGUUGGCUUUAGCCUCUGUACUGUUUGUCAUACGGAUUGUUUUGGUGAUCUGGAGACAUAUCAAACAGCCGCUCUACUCAGACGUCUAUCCUGGAGCCAUGGAACCGAAUGAGAUUCAAUAG